AUGCUAACUCAUCGGGAGAUCAAGUUGGCUGCGCAGCAGAGAUACCGGAGUCCAUGGAUACGCCUGAACUACCCCCCUCAGAUCUAUCCUCCCCCUGUUUUCUCGAACAACGGCUACAGCUCUGUACCACCCAUCUAUCCUCCCCCUGUUCCCUCGAACAACGGCUACAGCCCACCCAUCCAUCCUCUCCCUGUUCCAUCAAAUGACAGCUACAGCCCAUCCAUCUAUCCUCCCCCUGUUCCAUCAAACGACGGCUACAGCCCACCCCUCUAUCCUCCCCCUGUUCCCUCGAACGACGGCUACAGCCCACCCAUCUAUCCUCCCCCUGUUUUCUCAAAUGACGGCUACAGCUCUGUACUGCCUAAUUUCCAGGAUAUGGUCCCUUUACCGAGGACAUCUUGUUUCACCGGGGAAGCUCCCCGUGCUGAGUAUACGGACGGUGCUGUCUUUAGAAACAAAACGAUCAGAAUACAAAAAUCAACUACGCGACGGUUCCAACUGCCUCCUGUCAGACCCCCGAGGGAGUCGCUCGAGACAACACCAACUGCUACUGCCUCUCAACCCUCUAUAUCCUCGACUGUUGCUGAAGACCUUGCAGCUACAGGUCGUGAAAGGCACAGCUCAGGUGCCACUGUACCUGUUAUCGACAAAAGGGUUUUGAAAACCGUUGUGAAAGACGCAAAGAACUCUGUUAUCAUGGAAACACUCAACAAAUGUGGUUUCCACGAUUCAUCGAGUCGAUUGACUGUAGUAAGAAAAGCACUCACUGAUGCGUGCGCCUCUAUUAUCUUCGAAACUCGCUCGAUCGAACUCUGGGUUGACAACAAUGUAUCAGAGUUAUACAAGACCAUCAGUACUCCGAUUUCGACAAUACUCAAUCGGUUCAAGCAGUGCGCACAGGAUGUCGUUGAGAUGCUGUACAAGCUGCAGAUAUCCAUUUGGACCAACUUGACUUUCCAGAUCAACCAGAACAAAACAACCGUCGAGUUCCUCGUCGGCAAUGAUAGCAUUAAUUAUAUAUUUGGCGAACCAGUAAGACUAGAAGACGGCCGAGAGUUCCACUUCCCAUUCAAGCAUGAUGGAGUUAUGCAGAUUGCAGAGCACGCUGUGUUUCGUGAUGGCUAUGACAAGUUCAUCGAGUCAGAUGAAAGUCUUGACAAUAUCAUGGCGAUCUCCGCAACAGCUGCGUGUUGCAGCUUGCAGGAGUUCUCGACCGGUAAAUUCAAGCAAAUUGAUUUCACUUACAGCGCUUUUAACAAAAUGUAUGAGAAACUCAUGAAGUUUAUUUGUGAAAACCAUUAG